AUGGCUCCAUCCGACGGCCUUUCUUCGAUCUCAUACCGCCCCGUUGAUCUGUCGGCUCGCGAGUUUAGGCUGCUAGAGCUGCAGCCAUCUCCCACCAACGACAUCAACGACCGUGUAGUCUGUCGCCUCGUCCACGACAAGCUCACUGCAUCUCCGGACUACAUUGGUCUCUCAGCGCUCUACGGUGACAUCACAAAUACAGAGACCAUCAUUCUAAAUGGCAACAAAGUGUCUAUACCCUCCGACCUUGCAGAGGCGUUACGCUAUGUCCGCGAUGUCUUUCUUGGAAGACGCAUCUCCACAGCCCAUUCAACAUCAGCCCUCGAUCUCGAAACACAAAGAAACAAUACUGCCACCUCAGACGACUCGCCACCGCCGUCACCUACAACAAAGCGACCUGGCUGGUUGAGAACGUUCCUCAAGAAGCUCCUCGAUCCAGGCCCUGCUAAGACAGACAAGCAACCUCCCCUUCGCGUCUGGGUCGAUCUAUUAUGCAUCAACCGACGAGACAAACGCGAGGACGCCGAGCGUCGCGCCUCCAUGGCCCGAGCCUUCAAGCAGGCGAGACUGGUAGUAGGAUGGUUGGGACCCAAGGAUUCAACGUCUGACCUCGCCAUCGAGAUCAUUAGGGCGUGGGAUAACUGCAUGCCUGCCAACUUUGGAGAGCCUGGUGACCGCGAAGCGCACCCCGAGAACUACGCUCCAAUUCUACAAUGGAUGGGCCCCGUCGCUCAUCUCAGCGACAUUCCUGAGGGCAUCACCGACCCUACUGAAGUACCCAGCUACAGGGCCAUCUCCAGUUUUCUGAAUCGGCCUUAUUUCCGGAAUACGUGGAUCCUUGAUGACAUCGCCAUGGCGUCUUUUCCCACGUUCAUGGUGGGCGAUGGCAUCGUGUCUUGGAUGCAGAUAUUACGUCUGAAUCGCGUCAAUGAGGAUAUCAAGGAUCACGGUGCUGAGAUGUUCCCUAGUGAGCUAAGGCCUUUACUUGAGUAUAUGCCUCUUGGAAGUGUCUAUACUUUUUUGAAGGAGUUUGAUCGGAGGCAGAAGGUGGAGGAGGGUCGACCGCCAAUGUGUUCUACGCCUGCGAGUUCUAUAAGGAGUUCUGUUUCAAUGACGCCCUUGCAUCCAAGGCCGCGAUCAUAG